UUGACAGAAGAAAAAUCCAGGCAUCUGCGAGCGACGUGAGACGGAGCUCAAUAUCCAAUAUUCUGAGAAAAUAUUCAAGAAAUUGUGAUUAUCUCGAGCUACUGUAGAUGAAACCUGGAGUUAAAUAAGAUUUAUAUUGAAGAAGCUAACCAGGGGUUGCCGUUUGGAAAGCAGUGACAUUUUCAUUCGUGGAAAUUGAAUUAGUAUGAGUUUUCGAGUGCAGUAACGUUAUUUGUAAGCAGACAGAGUGUGGAGAGGAGUGAAUUCAAGCAACAGUAGAGCUGGAAUGUCCUGAGUCGGUCCCCUGGCCCAGAGAAGAACUCCCAGCAGCAGCCAGCGCUGAUGGGACCUGCUUCUCCACUAUGAGCCUUCAAGAUGGUGGCUGCGGCUAUGCUAGGGCCAACGCUAAUGCCAGUGUGGUGGCUAACGCGGCUAGCGGCAGCAUGCGGCGGCGCCUGGAGGACCAGGAGUUCACCCUGCGCGUCUACCCGGGCGCCCUGGCCGAGGGCACCAUCUACUGCCCCGUGGGCGCCCGCAAGAGCACCACGGCUGCCGAGGCCAUCGAGCGCCUGCUGGAGCGCCUGCGUCUGGACCGCACCAAAUGCUACGUGCUAGCCGAGGUGAAGGAGUUCGGUGGGGAGGAGUGGAUCCUCAACCCCAGCGACUACCCUGUCCAGCGGAUGAUGCUGUGGCCCCGCAACGCCCUGGAGAACCGCUGCGGCCUGGGCAGUGGCGAGGACUACCGCUUUCUGCUCCGAGAGAAGAACCUGGACGGUUCCAUCCAUUAUGGAGGGAGUCUCCAGAUGUGGCUGCGAGUGACCGAGGAGCGCCGCCGCAUGGUGGAACGGGGUUUUCUGCCCCAGCCCGCAGGGGGCGAGCACCCGUCCGACCUGUGCUCUCUCCCUGAGCUGACGGAGCGCGCCCUGCUGGAGAGCCUGCGCGCACGCUUCCGCCAGGAGAGGAUCUACACCUACGUAGGCUCCAUCCUCAUCGUCAUUAACCCCUUCCAGUUCCUCCCCAUCUAUAACCCCAAGUAUGUCAAGAUGUAUGACAACCACGCUCUGGGAGAACUGGAGCCGCACAUCUACGCGGUGGCGGACGUGGCCUACCACGCCAUGCUGCAGCGGCGGAGGAACCAGUGCAUCGUCAUCUCCGGCGAGAGCGGCUCGGGGAAGACCCAGAGCACCAACUUCCUGAUUCAUCACCUCACCGCCCUCAGCCAGAAGGGAUUUGCCAGUGGGGUGGAGCAGAUCAUCUUGGGGGCGGGGCCUGUGUUAGAGGCAUUUGGGAACGCCAAGACGGCUCACAAUGACAACUCCAGCCGCUUUGGCAAGUUCAUCCAGGUCAACUACAUGGAGAGUGGCACCGUCCGAGGAGCGUAUGUGGAGAAGUACCUUCUGGAGAAGUCACGUCUGGUCUACCAGGAGCACAAUGAAAGGAACUACCAUGUAUUCUACUACCUGUUGGCUGGAGCCAGUGAGGAGGAGAGGAAGGCCUUCCACCUGCUCAAACCUGAGGAAUACCACUACCUCAACCAGAUUACAAAGAAAUCCCCCAGACUCCACUGGGAAAAUGACAAUGAGAUCGAGCUGCAGGACUGCUUCACAGUGGAAGGGGAGGACCUGAAGCACGACUUUGAGAGACUGCAGCUGGCCAUGGACAUGGUGGGGUUCCUGCCUGCCACACGCAAACAGAUCUUCUCCCUGCUGUCUGCUAUCCUCCACCUGGGCAACAUCCGCUACAAGAAGAAGACCUACAGAGACGACUCCAUAGACAUCUGUAACCCAGAGGUGCUGCCCACCAUCUCAGAUCUGCUCCAGGUGAAGGAGGAGAUGCUGUUCGAGGCUCUGACCACCAGGAAGACGGUGACGGUGGGAGAGAGGCUGAUCGUUCCGUACAAACUGGCAGAGGCUGGUACCGUGCGGGACUCCAUGGCCAAAUCCCUGUACAGCGCCCUGUUUGACUGGAUCGUGUUCAGGACCAACCAUGCUCUGCUCAACAACAAGGACCUGGAGCACAGUGCCAAGAUUCUUUCAAUUGGAGUGCUGGACAUCUUUGGCUUUGAAGACUACGAGAACAACAGCUUUGAGCAGUUCUGCAUCAACUUGGCCAACGAGAGGCUCCAUCAUUACUUCAACCAGCACCUCUUCAAGCUAGAACAGGAGGAGUAUAGGGCCGAGGGCAUCAGCUGGCACAACAUCGACUACAUAGACAACACGGGCUGCAUCAACCUUAUCAGUAAGAAGCCCACCGCGCUGCUCCACCUGCUGGAUGAAGAGAGCAGUUUCCCCCAGGCCUCUAACCAGACCCUGCUGGACAAGUUCAAGCGGCAGCACGAGGGGAACAGCUACAUCGAGUUCCCCGCCGUCAUGGAGCCCGUCUUCAUUAUCUGCCACUACGCCGGCAAGGUCAAGUACGGGGUCAAGGACUUCAGGGAGAAGAACACUGAUCACAUGCGUCCGGACAUCGUGGCCCUGUUGAAGAGCAGUAAGAACGCCUUCAUCUGUGGCCUGAUGGGCAUCGACCCGGUGGCCACCUUCCGCUGGGCCGUCCUCAGAGCCUACUUCAGGGCCAUGGUGGCCUUCAGGGAGGCUGGGAAGAGACACACCGACAAGAAGACUGGGAAUGAUGCUGCUGUACCGUGUGUCGUCAAGAGGGUGGACAGCUUCAGCUUCCUCCACCACCCUGUGCACCAGAGGAGCCUGGAGAUCCUGCAGAGAUGCAAAGAUGAGAAAUACAGUAUCACUCGAAAGAAUCCCCGGACCCCCUUGUCAGACCUCCAUGGCAGCAACACACUGAAGGAGAAGGCUUCCAGGGAUGGUUAUGGUGUGGGCUGUAACGGGCGUAGCUCCAGAAAGGGUUGUCUGUCCUCCUCAGGCUCAGAGUUUGAUGACGGCAUCUUCUUCAACUCCACUAGCAGCAAGCUGCUGGAGAGGGCACAGGGCAUCCUCAUGCGGAACAAAAACUACAAGUCCAAGCCCAGCCUGCCGAAGCACCUGUUGGACGUGAAGUCUCUGAGGUACCUGAGCAGUGUGACCCUCCACGACCGCAUCACCAAGUCCCUCCUCCUCCUGCACAAGAAGAAGAAAACACCCAGCAUCAGCGCCCAGUUCCAGGCCUCUCUGAACAAGCUGAUGGAGACCCUGGGCCAGUCGGAGCCCUACUUUGUCAAGUGUAUCCGCUCCAAUGCAGAGAAGCUCCCCCUGCGUUUCAACGAUGCCCUGGUACUCAGGCAGCUGAGGUACACAGGCAUGCUGGAGACCGUCCGCAUCCGCCAAUCAGGAUACGCCAUCAAAUACACCUUCCAGGACUUUGUGCGUCACUUUCGUGUACUCUUACCAGACAUUACUAGACCAACCAAGUCUGGCAUCAGGGAGUUCUUUCGUCAAGUUCAUCUAGCACCCGCUGGGUAUCAAGUUGGCAACACAAUGGUGUUCCUGCGGGAGGCGGAGCGACAGCGGCUGCAGGCCCUGCUCCACACGGAGGUGUUGGGACGCAUCGUCACGCUGCAGCGCCGCUUCCGAGCCCGGCUGGAGAGGAAACACUUCAUCAACAUGAGACAGGCCGCUGAUGUCAUCCAGCGGUGGUGGCGGGGCUGCCUGCUCAGACAGGAGGAGGCUGCAGUGGACCCAGCCGUCCAGGAAGAGGAAGCAGGGGUCCCAGCCAUACAGGAGCAGGCUGCAGAGGACCCAACAAUCCAGGAGGCAGCAGUGGACCCAGCCGUCCAGGAGCAGGCUGCAGUGGACCCAGCCGUCCAGGAAGAGGAAGCAGUGGACCCAGCCAUCCAGGAGCAGGUUGCAGUGGACCCAGCCGUCCAGGAAGAGGAAGCAGAGGACCCAACAAUCCAGGAGCAGGCUGCAGUGGACCCAGCCAUCCAGGAAGAGGAAGCAGUGGACCCAGCCAUCCAGGAAGAGGAAGCAGUGGACCCAGCCAUCCAGGAGCAGGUUGCAGUGGACCCAGCCGUCCAGGAGGAGGCAGCAGAGGACCCAACAAUCCAGGAGGAGGCAGCAGUGGACCCAGCCGUCCAGGAAGAGGAAGCAGGGGAUCCAGCCAUCCAGGAGCAGGCUGCAGGGGACCCAGCCGUCCAGGAAGAGGAAGCAGUGGACCCAGCUGUCCAGGAGCAGGCUGCAGUGGACCCAGCCAUCCAGGAGGGGGCAGCAGUGUGCCUGCAGGCAUCGUGGAGGUGCUACAGGCAGUGCAGGCGGUUCCUGCAGUGGAGGGACUCUGCCCUGAUAAUACAGAGGCGCUGGAGAAACUGCUGGCAGCACAGGGCUCUGGCGGCCAUUACGGUGCAAACAGCCUGGCGGGCCUACAGAGAGAGAGCCCACUACUGUAGGACACGUGGUGCAGUUAUGCUGCUACAGGCAGCGUGCAGGGGCUACAUGGCACGCCUAAGGUUCACAGAACUAAAAGAGCAGAGUCAGCAUAAAAGGCAGUUGCUCAAUGGACCAUGUAGCCCCACCACAGAAGAAGAGGAGGCAGAGAGGACCAUGGGCCCGGAUACGGACACCUCGGAGGACCAUGUCCUCGAGAUCACACGCGAUCAGGACAUCCAAAAUGUCUCCACAGUCUGGCCUACUGAAGACUCUAAGGAGGAGGUGGAUGGAGAGAGUGAGAGAAGACCGAAUAUAGAGUCAGAAAACAAACAGAGUGUAGAGCCCAGCAGCCACAAGACACGGGCCAAGAGACAGAGCCGGCGUAUGAGGGAGCUGGAGCAGACCCAGUUCAGCCUGGAGCUACUCAAGGUGCGGACCCACAGAAAGGGAGGGACUCUGCCAGAAGAGGAAACCCAUGUACCCCUGUGUCCGGACAGCAUCCCCUGUCCCCUGGACGACAACCAACACCACCGGCCCUCCUCCCCCCACCGUGGCUCUCCUGAUGAGCUGCUUGACACCUCCAUAGACGUGGAGGCGGGAGGGCCUGGUUACCCCGGUUGCCAUGUUAACCAGUCAGCGCCGCGCCGGACUUCUUCCCAAGAGGAUUUAGUCAGACCAGGGUCUCCCGUUCACACCCCCCCAGAGUCCCAGUCCCAGUCCCAGCCACAGCACCCAAAGGUGGUAAAAGAGAAUGAUCUAAGCCCCAGGACGGAGGAGCUACCGCCCAUGCUACCACCCCCUAUCAAGGAAGUGGUGGUGGAGGCUACACAAGCUACCUUCUUCAUCCCUUCUAAGGACCAAAGCAGUGAGCCCAAGCCUAAGCAAGAGAGCCCCAACAAGCCUGUGAAGGAGAGGAGAGAGUCCGCAUCUCGACGGCCCAUGGUGGUUGUCAUCAGUAUGCAGAAGGAGACCCUGCUGGACGAAGGGGAGCUGCGGGCAGUGAAAGCCCAGGAGAGUGCACUCCAGACGGGUGUAACCGCCGCAACAUCCUCCCCUACACCCAUCGCCGGCCUGGAAGUAUCAGAGAAGGCCCAGCCGCCCAGGACUGUUACCAAGCCUCCGAGAGACUUAGCUGGGAUCGACAUGUCUAGUUUGGUGCCAUCCUCCAACUCCAGCCAUGGCCUUUGUCCUUCCGAGGUAGAUAUCCAGAUAGUUCUGGAGCCCAAGGCCCCCGCCGGUGAAGUCAUACCCAGCCAGCAGGAGAGGUGCAGGCCAGCGCAGGACAACUGGGUCUCCACCAACAGUAUCCUGGAGAGCAGGGAAGCAGCCCUGGCACCACAGAAGAAGACCCCGACCAAGACCAUCAUUGUCAAUAUGGCUGAGAAGCCCCCCACCAACACCACGUUCUCCCCCCGACGCAAGUCUGAUAUGGACCUGGUGAACCAUGAGCGGUCGUUGGCCUCUGCCUCUAGAGCCACCACUGGACAGACAGCCAGAGAGGCUGCUCACAAGGAAGAACAGAAUAAGAUCCACAAGACUGUGUCUUCAGGGGACCUGGGCAAGGUAGCAGUGCUUAGGAAGACAUCCAGUCAGGAUGGAAGCGGAGUGCGAGGGAAGAUACGGUUCUGGGGCAAGGCCAAGCACGCAGAGAAGAAGCUGUCUAGAGACAAGCAGCAGGCCAGCAGGACUGAGUCCACACAGGGAGACAGCGUUGACAAGACAGACGGAACAACGUCCCACCCCCACAGUCCCGACCUGAUGGGGACCAGGGGACAGGAGAACAGGGAACCCUCUUCCAAAGUGAGACGGAGGCGCAGCUUCAAGAUCAGCAGCGGGGCCCUGGAGCCCGCCCAGUGGGGGAACGAUGCACUGCACAUCCUCACCAGCACCCACGACUACAGGAGCAUGAACGACUUCCUCAUGAAGAAGAUCAGUGACCUGGACUCUGAGGACUGUCAGAAGGACACCUUGGUGGACGUGGUCUUCAAGAAAGCUUUGAAGGAGUUCCGCCUCAACAUCUUCAACUCCUACUCCACCGCCCUGGCUAUGGAUGAUGGGAAGAGUGUCCGCUAUAAGGACUUGUACGUCCUGUUUGAACACAUCCUGGAGAAGACCAUGCGUCUGGAGCAGAGAGACUGGAGCGAGUCGCCCGUCAAGGUCUGGGUCAACACCUUCAAGGUCUUCCUGGAUGAGUUCAUGACCGAGUACAAGCCCGUGGACGGCACCAUCGUCAAGGUCCCCAAACCAGAACGUAAGAAGAGGAGGAAAAAAGAAGCUGACAUUGUUGAGGAGCACAAUGGCCACAUCUUCAAGUCAACCCAGUACAGCAUCCCCACCUACUGCGAGUACUGCUCCUCUCUCAUCUGGAUGAUGGACCGGGCCUGCGUCUGCAAACUGUGUCGGUACGCCUGCCAUAGAAAGUGCUGCUCCAGGAUGUCCACCAAAUGUAGCAAAAAGUACGACCUGGAGCUGUCGUCCAGGCAGUUUGGCGUGGAGGUGUCUCGUCUGACCAGCGAGGAGAGGACAGUGCCCCUGGUGGUGGAGAAGCUCAUCAACUACAUCGAGAUGCACGGCCUCUACACCGAGGGCAUCUUCAGGAAGUCUGGCUCCACCAAUAAGAUCAAGGAGCUGCGGCAGGGGCUGGACACAGAUGUGAGCAGCAUGAACCUGGACGACUACAACAUCCACGUCAUCGCCAGCGUGCUCAAACAGUGGCUCCGUGACCUGCCCAACCCUCUGAUGACCUUUGAACUCUACGAGGAGUUCCUCCGAGCAAUGGGCCAGCCAGACAAGAAGGAGGUGAUCUGUGGGGUGUACUCUGUGAUUGACCUGCUCAGCAGAACCCACCUGAGCACCCUGGAGCGCCUCAUCUUCCACCUGGUCAGGAUCGCCCUACAGGAGGACACCAACCGUAUGUCGACCAAUGCCCUGGCCAUCGUGUUUGCCCCCUGCAUCCUCCGCUGCCCCGACACCAUAGACCCCCUGCGGAGUGUCCAGGACAUCGGCAAGACCACCGCGUGUGUGGAGCUGAUCAUCGGAGAACAGAUGAAUAAGUACAGGGCCAGACUGAAGGACAUCAACAGUCUGGAGUUUGCUGAGAACAAGGCCAAGAGCAGACUGACACACAUCAGGAAGUCAAUGGGCAAAGGUCGUCUACGGAGGGGUAGCAGCCACCACACGCCCUCCCCGCCUCUCAGCCCCAGAGUGCUCCCGGUGGUGGACGGGGAGAGUGCAGAGGAGGGGAGGGCAGAGCCGGGGCUGACAGAACAGCAGCAGGCCACCUUGCAGCAGGAGGAGAGGGUCCUCACGGAGCAGAUUGAGAGCCUGCAGAGAGAGAAGGAGGAGUUGACGUACGAGAUGUUGAUCUUGGAGCCGCGAGCAUCUGAUGAUGAGACUCUGGAGUCGGAGGCCUCGAUAGGAACAUCAGACAGCUCUGAGAAACUCAACGUGGACCCUGAAGGAGCUGCCUCCAACCCCUCUGGCACCUACCACUCCCGGAAGUCUGAAGCCAAUAGCCGCCGCUGCCUCCGGAGACAACCCGACUCGGUCGACUCCAUCUUGUCCACUGCCGCCUCCUCGCUCUCCUCCUCCCCCAACUACCGCUUCCGGUCCUCCUCCUCCGGCCCCCUACUCUCCUCCUGCUCCUUGGGCCUUGGAGCCCCCUUAGUGGAGUCCGAGGGGGACCCGAGGGGCACUGUGGGGGUGAAGAGUCGCCACCGCAUCCGGCUGAGUAGGAGCUCGCCGCGCGAAGCCCCCGAGGGCCACAGGAGGGAGUCGGACUUCAGCUCACUGCCCCAACAGCUGGUUCUGUAUGGCAGUAACGAGUUUAUGGUGUGAGGGAGAGUUGCGGGGAGACAAGACGUCUGAACCGCCUUCUAUCCCCCGAUAGUGUGGGGGGAGGGAGGGAGGGAGGAAGGGCUCCACCUCUAUCCUCCUUCCCUGUGCCAGGAGGAACGCCGUCGUCCCACGAUGCAGUUGGGCGCCAUCCUCUCGGCCGGAGAGAGCUGAGAGUGAAGUGAAAGGUGAUGGAGAAAGAAAAGGAUAGAAAGAGAGAUGGAAUGAUGAAUAGAUGAAAGAAGUAGAAAGCCUCAGAACUGAGAUGGAGGACUGGCAAGAGGCUGUAAUGGAAUAAAAGAGUGACUGAAAGCGAGAAAGAGAGUGAGCAAAGGAUGAGGGUGGCCGUCUUGACUCACCUGACCUUUGAACUUUGACCUCCAAGCCCCUUGACCCCUGCUGGAGCCUCGGGGGCACAGGGGGGCUAGAGAUAAGAAAAGAGAGAAGCCAGUAGACAGCGUCCUCUUUUGAACGGAGGUCUACGGUGGCUUGAGCCAGAGUCACUGACUGACAGAGGACUAUCGGCCAUUUUGAUCCCAACCAAUCAGCUACUUUCACGUCCGCUUUCAAGUUUACACAAUACAGCCUGUCCAUGAGGCCGCAUGCUCCUUCAUUACAAUUGUUUCCUAUGCCAGUUAAAGAGACUGUGUUAUAAAUAUGUAUAAUGUGACCUAAUUAUUAUGUUAUUAAAAUAUAUAAAUGGAAGGAACUCCAGUGCUGCUGGGGUCAUCCAAUGUAUAUAAUAACCAUCUCUUGUCUGGAGUCUUUUGCAAAGGGAAGUGAGAUUCAGGUUAUGGUUUAGUUUUUCAUUUGUUUGUUUGUGUUUUGUUGAUUUUAACAUUGCAAAAUGUUUUAAAGCGUUUUCUGUCGUAUACCCUAAUGAACAUGACCAAGUGUUCCGUUGGUGCCACUCCUUCUCUUGUGAAAUAAUACAAUUCAACAACAAGAGACUGACAUCAUUCCAUUCAGUCACUUAAGUUAUGAUCAUCACGACACUGUUGCCAUUGUUGUUGAUACGGCGACUCUGGUGUUCAAUGUUUAUCAGAUAUAAUGUAUUGUUAUGCCUUUUCCAUCUUUGGUCUGUGUUCCCCCACAAUCCUAAGUUGAUGUUACAAUGAUCCUACAUUUGUUCUGAAACAUCCAUGUUAAGAGUAACCAAGAGUAACCAAAUCAGGGCUUGAACAUUCUUUUGUGCGUUAUUAUUGUUGCUGUUGUUAUAGUUACCAUUGACGCUAUUGUCAUUUGUAUCGCCUAUUUGUAUCGCCUAUCUCAACCAAGAGGUGUGUGUGUGUGUGUGUGUGUGUGUGUGUGUGUGUGGUUGGGUCUCCUACGCACACAUACGGUCCUCUGCCAUGUAUAUGUCCCAUACAUCCUUUGUGCCAGCCAGAUCCUUCACCUCUGACCCUUCCUAGGUGUUUACAUUGGUUCAAAUAUGAGUGAACCUUUCCAUCCAUUUACUCUGAGCUCAAUGUGUAUUUAAACGCCUCACAUAGAAAAGGCCAUCAGUUUCAACCGUCCAGUGUGUUUAAACAGACAACGACUAUCUCUGGUACUCUGAAAAAUACUUCUAUACUCUCUCCGUCACUCUCUACACCGUGCAAUAUCCUGUGUGUCCUCUAGGGAGUCUGUAUGUUCUCACCAGUGCUUAACCUGGGGUUAAAUCAGUAUUCUAUUAUCUUGCCGUUACUGUACUGUACUUGCCAUCCCAUGCUUUACAACAAGUACACAUUUGAAACAACAUAAUCACGGUCUUGUCAUGGGCAAGGGGUAGGACUUAAAUGCAGAAUAGUCAUCAUAAUGAAUAAGGAAUAUCAUGUUGCCUAUGUUUUUGUCACAAGCUUGCCUCUUCUUAAAUGUGCCAUCCGGAUUGCCCACUCUGUCCGAAACAGGUAGACUGGACUUGCUGCUUGUGGUCUACUAUUAGGGUGGAGCAGCGGAAAUUUCCGAAUCAUGGUGGUGUUUUAGGGAGAGGCACCUUAACCAUUCACAACCAAACUGUUUAGUAUCAGACUGAAGAAAACAUCCUGAAACAGGGAGGGACUACCUGAACUGACUACCAACCGCUUGUUUUUGUUUCUACGUUGCCAAGCAUUUUGCUACGGUGUGCCUUAAUGAAUUCGACCCUGGUUAUCAGAAACUCAGAAGUUCAGUUUGAGAGAGGUGCACUGGGGGUUGUUGAGCAGCAUGGGAGAAAAAUAACUAUUCCUACUGGUCAAAUACCCACAAGCUAAACUAAGACGGUAUUUGUACACCCUGUAAGGCUACUAUUGGCCAAUGGUGUCCUGCUAAAGUGAAUGUACCUAUCACUGGAAGGCAAUUCUCUGCUUUCUCUUGUCGUUUUCUUGUGUUUUAUAUACAGUAUGUAUGUUGUAUUUAUGAUCAUGCUUAUGAGUGUACAUUGUGUAAAUGCCUGUUAUAAAAAAUAUUGUCCUGUGUAUGACUCCUUAUAUAAUAUUAAUCAUGUUCAGUUGUUUUUACAGGCUAAAAAAAAAAGACUCAUGUUUGUGCUACAGAAAAAAAUCCUACUUUAGCAAUUGUAUCUCUUUUUUGUGUGUGCUACUCUGGACACAUUUGUUUGUAUAUAAGGGGCAGUUUGUGUAAUAUUUCUUCGUUUUUAAGAUACAAAUAUAUGUCUAUGAUUGUUAACUAAAAUCAUGGGCUUAUUAAAAAAAGCGAAACUGGAGCCAAACUGGUGUGGAUUGUGUCAAUAAAUUGUUGUCCUACAAAAUGA